AUGCACGAUCUUCAUGCCUGGAUUAAGGAGUACAAGAAGAGCAUGACAGAGUUGAAUGUAGUUCCGGAGCUCCUUGAUCCACCAUUGGUCGGCGGCGAGCAGCAGAACCUUAUCGAGAACUACUUGAAAUUGAUCGUCAAGAAGCUCGAUGAAUGGUCUGCGAACCUACUAAUGAAGACAGAGAUUCGGGAGUUCAUCACGCGCUCGGAUCCGCCUGGGGUGGACAGCGACGGACUCUUUGGUACGCAGGGCGCAGUUAUCCUGUUCCAGAUGGUGAACCAACAAAUCGAUGCAGCGACAGAGAGUGGUCAAGGAGCUAUCCUUGCUCGUGUUGUGGGGUACUUGCCAACGACCAGAUCUCAAGUCCGCCGAUAACACCGAGGCGCUUUUGGGACGACUCGAGCCCCUUGUUUUAGAGAAUUACUGAAUGACGGCAUUGAUGGAAAAUUGGAUGUUGCGAAGAAAUGCAUCCAGACAUUUAUUAA